CGGCAUCUACCGUCCUGAGAGCGUCCCCGCCUCUUUCGAGACUCUUCGCAUUCCUCUGUAUAGUUUACACUCUUCUAAGGUACGCGACGACUGCCUCGCCUUUUUCAAUGCCAUGUCUCGCACCCAGCUGUCCAGAUCAUUGAAUUCUUCACCACAACCAUUGGAGACAAAACCACAUGUACAACAUCUCUAAACAUCCAUCAGACCCUGGCCUCUGCCAAAUCUCUCUACCAGAGCUCCCUUUCCCCGGAUCUCCAGAUCUUAGCACGGCUGCUGGCAUGGACAUCCCCAGCCCAGCCGGGCGGAGAGCACGGCCGAGUCAGGGGCGCGGGAAACUGUUAGGUAAUGGCUUGAUGGGAAUCGACAGACCAUGCAUCUUGAUGUUUCCAACUAGUCUGGAUGGACGAAGACAGCUCAUGGACAGUAACAGCCUAAGGAAGCCUAUUUUUACAGUAUAUAUUCUAUCCAAAUUUUACACCAUAGAUAUAUUAGUUAGGCCAGAAAUUAUCUUAUAUUACUAUUGCCAGUCGCAGCCCGAGUAUACUUAUUGGAUUCUAGCGUUAUUCCAAUCGAUUUUGUCAUCAGGGCCAGUAUCAUCCUUGCCGCUAUGCCAAAUAAAGCGCUUGCAGCUGCCCCCGGAGAGUCGCUUCCCUCUGACAACGAGAGACAUCUGGAAUGCGACACAGUGUAGAAACAUGUUUUCAGGGCGAUAAAUAAUGAAUUGAGGGGCAUAUGCAAUCAGAGCAUAAAUCGAGACGGAGAACGUAGAAAUUCUUGAUCGUCUAGAGUAGUUACGCGUUAUUACCAGCAUACUACAAUAGGCGGUGGACCUUGUCUCCGAUCUGAUCAAUAUCCUCUCAGUCAUCUACUCAAUCAUUUCGGGGGAGGCCACAUGAUAUAGAA